CGCAGCCUUCAGUGUUGAAACGUUCCGCGCCACGGUAGGACAGCGCCGAGUUUGUGUAUUUUUUUCCGUAAAUCAUUGACCGGGUACAUUGUAACUAAAAUGCUCCGGUACCUGGUCCUGUCGUACUUGGUGGCGCUGUCCAGCGUCUCCUGCGGGAACUCUGUCACAAACGAAGUCAUUGAAGACCAGGAACUUGUGUUCGCUUUAGUUCUAAACAGACAUGGUGAGCGGUCUCCCGAUGCUGACGAGCUGUCUCUCUCCGACCAGCAGGAGUUGAUCCUCAAUCUCACAUACAUUGAAGGACCAGAGGGUUUAACUAAUGUCGGAAAACGGAGAGCCUAUCAAAUAGGGAAGUUCUACCGCCAAAGGUACGGCUCCCAAGGUUACAAGCUGAUCUCCAACAUCUACCAUCACGAUGAAAUAGCCAUCAGAAGUACUGAGAAGGAACGGACGAAGAUGACUAUUCAGGUGGCUAUGGCUGCUGCCUACCCUCCGGAACCUGAGCAGCAGUGGGAUGAAGGUCUUGGGAAGGUGUGGCAGCCUGUACCAUAUUCUGCAGUUCCAUUAUCUGAAGAUUAUCUCCGUUACUACUCAAACUGCAAACGCUUCAAGGCCCUAAUGGCGGAAGCCCAAGCUAACUCAAUGUCUGAAGAGUUCCUCCCCUUUAUGGACCUCAUCCCUCUUAUCAAGAACAAGACUGGAGAGGACUUUACCGGCAGGCCUAUUUGGUUUGAGACACUCUACGAUCUGUUUAGGAGUACUAUUGGCUUGGGUCUUCAUCUCCCUGACUGGGCGAAGCCUAUCCUGGGCAGGUUGGGUGAAGCUGGCAGGCUUGCCUACAGGCUGUAUUUCAGAACAGAUGAGAUGAAGAAGAUUGGCGGUGGUGUCUUACUAGACAAAUUUGUCAAAGCUGGAAACGACUUCAUAGCUGGAAAGCGAGUAUCCCAGAGGUUACGCCUUUUCUCUGCCCACGACUUCAACAUUGGAGCUUUGAUGGAAGUCGCCAAGGUUGAGAAUGACCAUAGCAUACCUGAAUAUGGAGCUGUGUUCGCCUUGGAGCUGUACAGGUCUAGGAGUACUGGAGCUUAUAGCGUACUGCCAAUGUACCUUCCGAAAGCAGGUGAGAGCUCUGCCCAGUACCUCAAGAUCAAAGGUUGUGGAAAUUCUGGUCAUUGCAGCUUCAACACUUUUAAAGAACUCACUAAAGAGUUCCUGCUGCCUGAAAAGGAAUUCUACUCGAUUUGUAAAAUCAAAACUGAAUUAUAGGUCUAAGUAAUAAGAUCGAAGUAUUAUAAUAAUUAAUUUAUAUACGUAAAUUUAAAUAUUAAUAAUGAUAGAUGAACAAAAAAAUAAAGAAAAUUGUCUAUUUUGUCAUGUUACGAGUUCAAUUUUGUCGGUGGAGUUUCAAAUAUCAAGGUUUUAGUUCGAUUUGUUAAGCUAAGUAUUAUUAAUAAGUAUUGUUUAAUACAAUACUGUCUGCCGUAUCUUACUUCAAUUUUUUUAAGACGCAAUGAUUGUUGAUACAACAUCUUAAGAUGAAGGCACUCUACCGGCAUAACUUCAAACUUCUAAGUAACUUUGCAUGCUACAAGUAAAUCAUUUUGUUACCAAGAGAUGGCGCUGUUUUAAAGUAUUGUACCUUGAGACAAAGUUUUUGUGAAAGCGCCACCGUAUGAUAGCGUGAAGUUAAAAGUUUAAAACCAAUUGUCUGUGAUAUUAACAAAUUUACUCGAAAAGUUUGUACAAAUAAACAGUUUUAGUAUAAGUA